GUGUAAUAACGGGUCGAUGGAAGAGGAGGCUGCUAAAGAGCAGGACUUCGGAAGGGAAGCGAGCAGGCAAGUCUUUCGAAUUGUACUUGGAGUAUUUACGUCGCCCAUAAAAAUAUGGCAGGGAACUGCGUUGAAGUGGCAUUUAACAAGCCCAAGGUGGAGCUGCAUGUUCACCUUGAUGGUACCAUUAGGCCAGAAACCAUUCUGGAUGUUGCAAAUUUGCUGUGUGUGUGUGUGCAUGCAUGCAGGAAGCGGGGAAUGGCACUGCCCACAGACAGCGCUGAGGACCUGGCAUGCCUCUGCAUGUUGUGCAAGCCCGCCACGCUCACGGAAUUCCUCUGCAAGUUUCACCACUUCAUGCACGUGAUCGCGGGUGACCGGGAGGCAAUUAAAAGAGUAGCUUAUGAGUUUGUGGAGACAAAAGCCAAAGAAGGAGUACUAUAUGUGGAGGUUAGGUACAGUCCACACCUUCUGGCUAACACCGAAGUGGACCCUAUACCAUGGAGCCAAAAAGAAGGCGACCUGACUCCAGAUGAAGUGGUGGACCUCGUGAACCGGGGCCUAAGAGCGGGAGAGAACACCUUCAGAAUAAAAGCCCGGUCCAUUCUGUGCUGCAUGCGUCACAUGCCCAACUGGUCCAUGGAGGUGGUGGAGCUGUGUAAGAAGUAUCGGCACAGCGGGGUGGUGGCCAUCGACCUGGCAGGAGACGAGUCUCUGAACUGUGAGGCCCACCCGGGGCACAGGAAGGCCUUUGAGGAAGCGGUCAGAAGUGGGGUGCACAGGACCGUCCAUGCAGGAGAAGUGGGCCCAGCGUCAGUGGUGAAGGAGGCCGUGGAAGUCUUGAAAGCGGAACGCAUCGGACAUGGCUAUCGCACUUUAGAGGACCGGACUCUCUAUGAGCAGCUCCUUAAAAAGAAUAUGCAUUUUGAGGUUUGUCCAAUGUCCAGCAAAUUGACAGGGGCAUGUGAUCCAGAUUUCACUAAACACCCCCUCAUUCGGUUUAAAGAGGAUAAGGCCAACUACUCUUUGAACACAGAUGACCCUUUGAUAUUCAACACCACUUUAGAUGUGGACUAUUCGAUCACACAGAAAUACAUGAACUUCACAGAAAAGGAAUUCAAGAGGCUGAACAUAAAUGCUGCCAAGUCCAGUUUUCUGCCAGAGAAAGAGAAGAAGGAUCUUCUGAAUCGUCUGUUUGAUGCCUAUGGAAUGAAAAAGCCAGCCUUGAAAGGAGGUACUGAAAACAGCAGAGAUAUCCAACUAAUUAUGUCCACACACAGUGAGUAGCUCCUUACCUGCAAACAGAAGCACAGACCGGGCAGCCUACAUUUCCCACAAUUCAUCACAGAAGAGAAUACUUGCUGCCCAUACUGUCAGAAGGAUACACACCUGUUCAUGCAUUUAAUGAACUUUGGUAGUGUUUGUGUUUGGAAAUGCAUAUAAAUAUAUUUUCUGCAGCCACAUUAAGCGCCACGUGACGCUUAAUUCUAAAAUGUAUUAAUGUAGACAGCCAAAGAACCCAAACUCCAAACUCUCGAUGCUGCAUGAUAAAAAUAUAUCACAUGUAUAACUAUAUACUAAUAUAAUCAAUAUGUAAUCCAAUAAACCUAUAUCAGUAGUUGCAGCAAAGCUUAUGGAAACGCAAGAAACCACAGUAUCCACUGUAGAAAAAAAGGCAAACGCAGAAGGCUUAAAAAACCAUACUUACUCAGCAGAAAAUUAUUGCCAAAUAGAAGUGCUAGAAGACUAAUACUUUACAGUGACCCCUGUGUAACCUGAAUACAGUAGAAAAGUACAGGAGGCUAUAACUCUGUGAACUUGUAUGCGUAAUAGAAAAAUACAGAAAGCAAUGACGUGUAUGCAUAGUGGAAAAGUAUAGAGUAAGGGAAAGUUGGGGUAACUGUCCACUACGAUAAGAUUACCAUAGAACCGAAAAUCAUUGAUACGAUAAGAUCACCAUAGAACCGAAAAUCAUUGUGGUGCCCAGAAAGUCAGGUUGACCCACGAGCAAGGAAACUGAAAAUCCUUACACGGCCAAAAAAAGAUCC